GUUUAAAACAACCUAAAACUAGCACCCAACAAAACUACUCUUCCAUGGAUUGACUUGUAGUUGGAACUCCUUUUCUAUCCUUGAAAGAAAGUAAGAAACACAACAGCUCAAUAAUAGUAAGGUAGACUUUGAAUCCUAAAUAUCAUACAAUAUAUGCAGACUCACCAUGGAUGAUCAGCCUUUUCUUUCCAAGCUUGCAGCAGAGGCAGCUGGUGAAGAAGGGACUAGCAGGGCAGCACCAAGAAAAUCAUCAAGAGACUUAUUUCACUCAAGUUUCCUUGAUCUUGGCCCUGCACGCCGCCUCUCAAGUACUCAGCUAAUCACAAGUGCUGGUGAUGUUGUUGUUCCCAUAACACCAAAUUCUUCUUCCUAUGUAAAUCUCAUUGCCAACUUGAACAAAAGCAGGAAAAGGAGGCUCAAACGUCGAUCACACUCAGCUCCAUCAGUGUUCACCGACUUUAAGGAGACGAUUCCAGAUUCUUUGGAUCCCAGACCUGCCCCUAAAUCAACCCCUAACAUUGUUAGGCAAGCCUUCAUCGGUGUCAUUGUGUAUAUCAUAAUUGGCGUUGUGGUCUACUUGACCAGCGGUGGUAUCUCAGGGGAUGUUGUCACAUACAAGCCAGUGGACGCCAUGUACUUUAUUGUUGUCACGCUGUGCACCAUUGGAUAUGGUGACAUUGUCCCGGACACAACAUUUACCAAACUCUUCACUUGUUUCUUCAUCUUGGUUGGUUUUGGUUUCAUUGAUAUUCUGCUACAUGGGUUGGUGACCUACAUCUGUGACAGGCAAGAAUCGGUUUUGUUGAGCACGGUGGAUGAGAAUAAGUUCAAUACAAUGGUUCAGGCGUAUUUCAUUGAUAAAGAGAAGGGGAGGAUGAGAAUAAGGAUCAAGGUAUGCUUGGCCUUGACAGUAGUUUUUUGUUGUAUAGCUAUAGGCACAAUAGUAGCUCAUUAUGCAGAGGGCUACAGCUGGGUUGAUAGUUUUUACCUAUCUGUUACAUCAGUGACAACAGUAGGUUAUGGGGAUUAUGCUUUCAAUACCAUUGGAGGAAGAUGUUUUGCAGUAGUCUGGUUAUUAGUCAGCACAUUCGCCGUCGCGCGGGCAUUUUUGUACCUGACAGAGAUGAGAAUCGACAAGAGAAAUCGCAAAAUUGCGAAAUGGGUUCUUCAAAAGGAGGUCACCCUAAGGGAUUUACUGGCAGCAGACCUGGAUAACGAUGGAUGUAUCAGCAAAUCAGAGUUCGUCUUGUACAAGCUCAAGGAGAUGGGGAUGGUAGCUGAUAAGGACAUCCUACUGAUUUGCAAACAAUUUGAUUCUUUGGGGCAUAGCAAUGAUGGCAAGAUUACUCUUGUUGACCUAAUGGAAGGUGAUAACUGACUGAUCCCAUCAUGACGUACUCGAUGGAAAUACCAAGGCAUCUCAGAUCUUGCUACACCAAUUAAUAGCAGCAAAAUCUGAGAGUGAAAAUAUAUAUAUAUAUAUAUAUAUAUAUUUCACUACAGGCACAUACAACAUGAAUUUGAUUGAGCAGAAUUCAAUUCUUUUGUUCAUACUAUUGCUCCUGAAUAAGAAAUGGGCGCUUUAUUUAUUUCA